CAUUACACCUCUCUCUGUUUUUUCCCUCUCACUCUGUCUCAAUGCUUUUGCGUCUCUGCUUCAUUUUUCUGUAACAAUUAACAGAAUCAUUUAGCUUUGACAGAAGAUUUUAGAGAGAGAGAGGGAUUGAGAGGGAUUUUUUUAAAAAAUACUACAAAAAAAUCUGUUAUUUUUCCUUUCUGGGUAUAGCAAAUUCAGAGGAAGAAGAACAGAUUUUUGAGUUUUUUCUUACGAUUUGAGCCAAACCCAUUUCACCCACAUUCAUCAAAUUCAAAACCCAUAAUUUAGAUCUUUAGAUUUUCAUACUCUGUUUUUUUUUUCUAGAGAGAGAAAGCUCGAUAAAAAUGGCGGAAGAUUCACCAAAACUGAUAAUGAUACCAGAAUCAUUUCAGGUUUCGAGCAAUGAUAUUGGAGCUCAGCUUUUUCUGAUUUGGGAAUUGAUUAAAACUCCAUUGAUAGUCCCUCUGUUACAGCUUUCUGUUUACAUUUGCUUAGCUAUGUCACUUAUGCUUCUAAUGGAGCGGCUUUACAUGGGUAUUGUAAUAGUUUUGGUUAAGCUUUUCUGGAAAAAACCUGAAAAACGUUACAAUUGGGAACCCAUGAAGGAUGAUUUGGAAUCUGGGAAUUCUGAAUUUCCGUUUGUUCUUGUCCAAAUCCCUAUGUUUAAUGAAAGAGAGGUUUAUAAAGUGUCCAUUGGAGCAGCUUCUAAUCUUUCUUGGCCGGCUGAUCGGUUAGUGAUCCAAGUUCUUGAUGAUUCAACCGACCCGGAAGUCAAGCAAAUGGUAGAAUUAGAGUGCCAAAGAUGGGCAAGCAAAGGAGUAAAUAUAAGGUAUCAAAUAAGAGAAUCAAGAGGAGGAUACAAAGCUGGAGCUUUAAAAGAAGGAUUAAAAAGAAGUUAUGUGAAACAUUGUGAAUAUGUGGUCAUUUUCGACGCCGAUUUUCAACCCGAACCGGAUUUCUUGAGACGAGCCAUUCCUUUCUUGAUUCAUAAUCCUGAUGUUGCUCUUGUUCAAGCUCGUUGGAGAUUUGUGAAUGCAGAUGAAUGCCUGUUGACAAGAAUGCAAGAGAUGUCAUUAGAUUAUCAUUUUACAGUGGAGCAAGAAGUUGGAUCCGCAACUCAUGCCUUCUUUGGGUUUAAUGGGACUGCUGGAGUAUGGAGAAUUGCUGCAAUUAAUGAGGCUGGUGGAUGGAAAGACAGAACUACUGUUGAAGAUAUGGAUCUUGCUGUCCGAGCUAGUUUGAGAGGCUGGAAAUUUAUUUAUCUUGGUGAUCUCCAGGCAAAAAGUGAACUUCCGAGUACUUUCAAGGCCUUCAGAUUUCAGCAACACAGAUGGUCAUGUGGUCCUGCUAAUCUUUUCAGGAAAAUGGUGAUGGAAAUUGUUAGAAAUCAGAAAGUGAAAUUCUGGAAGAAAGUAUAUGUGAUCUACAGCUUCUUCUUCGUGAGAAAAAUCAUAGCUCAUUGGGUCACAUUUAUGUUCUACUGUGUGGUUCUUCCUUUAACCAUUUUAGUCCCUGAAGUUUAUGUUCCAAUUUGGGGUGCUGUUUACAUUCCUUCAAUCAUUACAGUUCUCAAUUCAGUCGGCACACCAAGGUCAAUUCACUUGCUGUUCUAUUGGAUUCUGUUCGAAAAUGUGAUGUCUUUGCACCGAACAAAGGCGACACUCAUCGGUUUGCUAGAAGCAGGAAGAGCCAAUGAGUGGGUUGUUACCCAAAAAAUUGGAACUACACUUCAGAAAAAUUCUGAUGCCAAAAAGAGUGGACUUAAAUUGUUUAGAAGACCAAGAUUCACAUUCACCGACAGGAUCAACACAUUGGAGCUAGGAUUUGGAGUAUUCCUGUUCUUGUGUGGAUGCUAUGAUUUUGUUCAUGGAAAGAACAACUAUUUUAUUUACCUCUUCCUCCAAACGAUUUCCUUCUUCAUCACCGGAUUCGGAUACGUCGGAACCAUUAUUUAGUAGCAGCAACACUAUAAUUGGCAUACACAAAUCCAUGCAGCCAAUUUCAUGUUUUCAUGUAAUUUUCUUUUUUGAUUUCUCAUCUGCAACACAAUAUAUAAUCAGUGGGGAUAUAUGAGCAACAGUCAUUUGCAAUUCCUACUAUUUCAGAUUUUUUGAAGGAAAAAAAGUUCAUUGAGUAGAUUGAUUUUCUUGAGAAAAUUAAGUGUGAAUUAGUAUAGUGAAAUUAGGGGGAAGUUGAUAUAUUACAAGAGAGUGAAGGACUAAAGAAGGUAGCAAAAACAAUAGCAUAUGCUUUAGGCAACAAUAAUGUUUUAUAUUUUAUUUUUAAUAUAUAGAUUGGUUGUAAUUGUGAGAUUUUGGAUUUUAUUUUUUUGGUCUUGAAUUGUUAGUUUAGUUUUAGCUGAAGAAGCUGGUGAAAUGAAAUGGUGUAUUUGUAAUCAAAGUUAAUUUUUUAUUUCUACAA